GUGUCGUUCGGUGCUGAAGUGGGGCGGAUGGACGGAAGAACGGCGGCGAUGGACGUUCCGCGGCUAAAGCCCCGUUAACCAUGCCCUCCGAGCGGCGUCGGGAAACCGUCAUGUGCGCACCCACCACACCGGGACACUGACACUCCGACCCCGAGCGAUGCAGUACUUUCCAAGUGCACAAACGACCAAUUCGCAGAGAACGGAGGAAUGUCAGAAGGAUAGCCGGUGAGAGAAACCAAAGACGUGGGUGUGAACUGAGGGAGAAUUCCGUUGGCCAUUUCGGGUCAGGGAUGGUGAAACAACUAUCGUUCUUGCCGUUGGUGAAAAAGGACCUCCUCGCCUUGCCUCCAGUCUCCCGCCAGCCACACAGGCAGUCCGUUAGCCAAUCAGACUCUCUGCCGAGUGGCCCCGCUAUCGUCAGGCAACCGAUUACCUCACGCCAUGACCACACUGUCUGACCUGUUUUCAAGAACUCACUAAUUCAUGCCCCGGAGCGUGAGUGGAGUGGAGAUGAGAAAAAGGCAGGCGGCGCAAAUCGAGGCACCACCACAGGUCCCUGGACAGCCCCGACCCAACACCUGCUGCCUCUGCUGGUGCGGCUGCUGCAAGUGUCUCUGGAGUGAAGACAGGAUGGAGAGAAGUCAGACCUGCACAAAGAUGGACAGUAUUGAAGCUGCAGAAGAACACUUGUCCCACUGCCGCCGCAGACACCCCAGCCUUGACGAGGUGCUGUCGUGGUCUCGGAGCUUUGAGAUGAUGCUGCGUUCACUGGACGGCCGUGAGAUAUUUCAGGAGUUUCUGAGGUCGGAGUACAGCGAGGACAACCUCCUGUUCUGGUUGGCCUGCGACGAGUUGAGGAAGGAGACUGAUCCGUCCGUGGUGGACGAGAAAGCCCGACUAAUAUAUGAAGACUAUGUGUCCAUACUGUCCCCGAAAGAGGUGAGUUUGGACUCCCGGGUACGUGAGGGCAUCAACCAGAGCCUGGCCGAGCCCAGCAGCCUGAUGUACGAGGAGGCGCAGCUCCAAAUCUACACGCUGAUGCACCGAGACUCCUUCCCCCGCUUCCUCAACUCCAGCGUUUACAGAGACCUCCUCGCCAACAGGAGACGCACCUGCCUCGACACUUAAAGACCCGCACCCCCACCUUACCUUCGACGCCCUUCGUCGAGACUACUACGUAAACUAUGGUGCCAGAAGUCCGGUUUGGAAAACAAACUCUUUAUUGAUUGCAAAAAGACUGAACGACAUCCGAAAUAGCUGGUUAUUGUUGUUCUUAAUAUUUUUCAAGCAAUUUCUAGACGGUGACGUGAGUUUGCUGGUUGCUUUUAGGUCAAAUCAGACAAGGCCGCUGUGGCCGGCCGCUGAUUGUUGUGCAGAUGUCUCGAUGGUUACCUUAGACUGGACUCCUCAGGACCAGGAAGAAAGAAAGAGUGAGGGAGAGAGAGCAAGCAAGAGUACGUAAGAGAGAACGGACAUGCCAACUAUUCCUGUACUGUAAUAAUUACGCCUCAUUUUUAAUUUGUAACCCAUUUUUCCCCCAUGUUGUUCUCAGCGAAUGAGAGUAAGGCUAUCCAAUGCCAUCAACUGCAAGCAUUUUGCAAUUUUUCUUCUUUCCAGAAAGGGAAAACUACAAGAGCUCUAAUCAGUUUUAUUUGAGGGAAGGCGUCCAAAUUGAAAUCAGCGCACACAUGUGUUUCCUUCCAUCCAUCCGUCCAUUUGAGCACUUUUCUUCUUUACGUGGGAGAAGUAAGGGCUAGACUUGUGGUUGGGCAGCUACAUGUAACCCGACAAUGCCUUCACACGUGUUUUGAACAAAAACAAUACAGGCAGCACAAGCGGCGCUGCUUGAGGUUUUUUUCCCUCUCGGAAAGCAACCACAAUUAAUCCAGACAAUCCCCUUCUUUUCCUGCUUCCCAUUAGCACUCUCAUUGCCUGACAAGCACAGGUAAAAACAAACAAAAAACACAGCGGCAGUCGUCUUCUACGUUCAGGCACUGGACACGGUUAAAAAAAUGAGCCCCCAGCCUUUUUUCUGUAAGGCUUUAUAAUGACGUCUGCAGUAAAGUGGGUGCCACACAUGAUGUCAAUGGCGCGAAAGUGGAGUCUGCUCGUUUAGCCAGCAUAUUUUAUGUUAGUGACAAUGCUAACAUGCCCCCAAGGGUGGUAGAGCAAGCUGCUAGGUUAGCAUGCCUCUGCCCUACACUCUUUGGUCUAGUUUUCUAAAAAAAACAUAAAAACAACAAAUAAAUAUUUUGAACGCAUGAUAAUGUGUUGCUUUAAAGAAUUUUAAGGACAAAUCGAAAGGGCGAGGUCUUGCCAAAUGUCCUGGUAACCAGUUUUUUUCCCUCCUGCCCGGACUGCGGAUAUGCGGUAAAAAGUGCAUGACUGAGGUAUUGUGCUAUAAUUUUAUUUUUGUCUGGUAUUGAAUUAACUCCAGUUUUAUUGGCGGCUAGAUAGAUGAUGGCAUAUCUAUCAGGUUUCUAAAAUGUUAGUAAAAACUGUGCCACUACUCGAUACAUUGAAACACUGUUUUUAUCUAACUACCUGACGUUGUCGUGCCAAGUUUUGGUGUUAGUAUUGGGACGGGAGACUCACUCGUCUCAGUCUUGUAUUGAGCGGCGUUCUGAGGGGUUGUAGCUCAACGUCAUAUAGCUGACGUCAGGUAGUUGUUGCUCAUGUACAUUCCCCAGAAAACAGCUUGAGUGAAUAUAAAGCGCUGGUUGCACUGCUUCAUGGCGUGAUUAACUCAUUCGCUGUCAUUGACGGCGAUAGAUGUCUAAUCUAUUUCAACUGGAAUGACCAGCAGGUAACUAAUGGGAUAGAUUGCGGUGAACCUCCAAAAGUGGUCCAGUUUGGUACAUGGCAAUAUGUUUUUAAGUUUGCUUUUUCUUAAGCGUUUUACUUUUGACAAACUAUAAUUCCCAAAACGACCAUAAAGCCACAAUGUGACAGUAUCACUCUGCAAAUACCUUUUUGUUGUUCAGCCUUCUAGGGGAAAGCAGUUUUUCUUACAGAGCAGUUAAUGUUCUUUUAAUGUUCACUUUGGAGGGUUCACUGUAAAUUCAAACGUACUAGUCAUCAAUGUUAUCAAUUAAUAGAGUAAAUAUAAAGUAUUGUUUUUGAGAAUUAAAAAAAAGAACAUUACAACAAAAGCUUUUUCAUCCAGAUUUAAAUGAAAACAAAGGCCUCUUUAUGGCCUACGAGUUCCUCGUAGAGCUAGAACAUAUUUAACCUUUGGCAAUACAUGCAGCCAGCCACAUCAGUAAUGGAUAUUGCUUCACUGUGCAUGCAUGCGUCCUGUUAAAUCAUUAUAAUAAUAAUUCAACUUUUUACCCCCCCCCCCCAUUUUAAGGGGGGAAAAAGAUUUUAGCCGAGUAUAAGCGCCACUUAACACAAGAAUGUCUCACCACCAAGCAGAUAAACAAUGAAAAAAAAUAGAAAUGGUGCAAUUUAAAUCAAGUUUACAUUUAUAAAUAUACAGUACUGAGUUUAUGCGUAUAGUGGUGCCGUGUUAAAAGCAUUUGGGAAACGAGCCGGAAGGUUCGAGAUUCGGGAGAGUUAGAACAGGAGCGGGGCGUGUCUGACGCUCUUCCGCCCGGCAUCCCCACCCCCCGUUUAAUUUAUUGUGACUUUAACACGGAUUAAGUGCUUGUUUUUGUGUUGACCAGCUGUGGAUUUUACAAGCAAUGAACGGGAUAAGCGAUGCGGUGGCGUCGUGCGGCCAUUUCCAUUUUGCUCUUUUUGUUUUUUUUGUUUUUUUUAAAGAGCUGAAGUGUCCUGUUGGGAAGGAGGGAGUUUUGCAAAGCUUUGGCCUUACUGACACAUUUACUAUUAUGAUGAUGAUCAUCAUUUCUAUUUCUCCUUUGAUGAAAGCAAACAACAAGCAUCUUUGUAGGCUUUUCACUACCUCUCAUGUUGAAUAAUUUUAUUUCACAUCUAGUUCUCUAUGUAUUUUUUUUUAGAUCUACUUGAAGCCUAACACUGUAACUACAAAAUGUGCACAGACAAAAAUGUAUAAUGAGCGACGGCGUCUAGGGACGUGGGUGCGUUCGCGAAAGUUUAGCCUAAACAUUAUUUUGUUGUUAUUGUUGUUUAUUUGUCCGUGUUGAUUUUGAAGUAGAACUUUUGCAUCUCUAUAAAUAAUUCAGGAAACCACUGUCUAAGGGCUAAUCCCAUUUUUGCCUAUGCAAAUGUGUUUUAGGGAAAGGGCGCAGGCUCCACCCGCACCCGUUGAAAGAUGGACCAUGGUUUACAUUGCCCUUUGCUGAUGUCCUUCAAUCUCACUCAGCAAAAAUGUACGCUUAUGUGCGAUUAUUUUUGUUUUUUCAUACAUAUAUAUAUAUAUAUAAACACAUACAAAGAUAUGGAUAUAUAUAUGGAUAGCUGUAUAAAUCAACUAAUAUACAGAUAAAAUAGUAUGCCUUCGUGAUGACAAAAAAAACAAAUGUAUCUUGUCUGAUUAUGUGGCAGUGUGCUGGCGUGUUACGAAGAACAGUAGCAUUUACGAAUGGAGGGGUUUUAGUUAUAUAAUCAAAAAAGUAAAAUGAGACCUUUUUAUUACCCAUUCCCAGCAGUUGCUGUCCAGUCACUUUUACAUCGAUGAAAGAUUUGAAGGGCUGAAACGUGCUAACAAGCUUGUAAAAUCAUCCUCCUGUGAAAUUUAGAUUUCUUGUUGAUCCCAGAAAAGAUGUUAUUUCUUUUUUAAUAUUAACUAAGAGCAUGAAAUCUUGAUUUCUGACCUUCAAAUGUACUGUUUUUGUGGCCACAUCUUUGCCAACCAUCAGUGUGUCGAUGCAGUAGCAUUGCUGAGGGUUGCAUCCAUUUGAAAUGGGCUUCUCGUUUUUCCUUUAUAAAUCAAAAAAUAUCUGAUAUGUGUCAAAUUCGUUUGUUCACAUCACUAGCUUUGAUUUUAGGUUUUACCGACAUCAGAGAGCUCUCCAUUUCUGGUUUUGAGCAAAACUAGAUGUCGUGCCGUUGUAAUAAGAUGCUCUGUUUCCCCGAGAUUUCAAAAUGUGUCUCUUUUAUUUUUCGUGGUUUCACGUCUUCUCAGUGACACGCAAUACCACCAAUUGCGGGCAGAGCGGCAACAUCACUGCCGUUUUAGUUUGAAGUUCGCGCUUGGCUGGUGUGCGACAAAUGGAUUUUAGGCGAUCACUUGUCUCUUUAUUGAUUUCGAUGCCUAAACCUCUUGGUCAAGAGAUGAUGUAAAGAACGCAGACGAAAACCAGGAAUUUAAAAAAAUAGAAAGGUUUUUUUCUAUUCAGCAUGCUUUUUGCUAAAUAAAUGAAAUAAUUCAGUUAUUUGCUACAAACGAUACUGUAUGAGUAUGUAUUCGAGUACUGCAGUAUGCAGACAAUUAAAAAAAAAAAAAAAAUGAGAGGUUCGUAUUUUACUCACUGAUGCAUACUUGAUUCUUGAGUGUCACAUAAUAACGAUUGGCCUCGUCGAGGUGGUUCGCGGUUGGUCCAUUUGUACGACUUUUGUUGGUUUACUGGUUGCUAUUUGUUUUAACAACUUCACAAAAUAAUUUUACUGACAAGAAUAUGAGAAAGACAAUUACAAAUAUUUAUGAAAUCCAACCAACAAAAACGACUUACCUGUGACUUCUUUGACAAAGUUGGACUGACAGCAACAAUCCACCAACUUCUUUUGUGGAUAAUGUUGGACAAACAGUAACAUCUUUCUGACACUGUUGCCACCGACCUCUUACCAGCAAUGUCCAAUACAAAAUUCAAUCAAAAGUAACAGUUUCCCAAAGUUGAACAGACACCGGACUUUUCCCUAACACUGACUUCUUUUACGAUGUCAUACCAAGGGCAACAAUGUCGGACAAACAAUUACUUUUUGAGAAAUGUCUGACAGGGCAGCCUAAUGAAGGCGACGACUUUCACAAAAUCGGACAAAAAUAAAACUGAGAGCAACGAUGAUGACAAAAACAACAAAGACUUUCUUUAGAUACGUUGCCUUGACACAGACUUCUUAUUGUUGUUAUAUUUUCGCCUCCCAAUAACUUCUAAUGAACGCCGACAUCCAACAACAGUCCAACGCUAGUUUCAGCUUGAUGUACAGGUAAUUCUUUCAUCUCGUAGUGUUGGGGAUUUCAUCUAGUGAAAGGGCAGUCAGUUAACAUUUUUGUAGAGUGAUGCAAGCUUUUGUGGUCUUUCACUUUAAUCGAAAGGAAUUCGACCGACAUCCUAGCCUUGCUGAGCACUUGUCGAAAGUGCCAUGAGAUGCGAGAAGCCCUCAAGUGUAGCAUCUGGCGCGUCCUGACGUUGUUGUGGACGUGCGGUCUCAUCCUGCUGUGUAAAUGCGUACCUCAAGAAAGCGCUGGCAACAGCAUACAUUGUGACAGACUUUUGAUAAGUGUUGCUUUCGGCAAGUCUUUGCAUGACGGUUCAAUUGGAUGUAACAAAACAAUGGUACUUUUGUAUGUAGAUGUCCAUUUAUACAUGUUUGUUCAAUUUUUAAUGGUAUAUGCCGCCACAAAAAACGGGAGGAGGUGCCAAAAAUGAGUCAUUGUCAUCAGGUGAGAUGAAAAAAAAAAUGGUAAAGUGUUCCUAUCAUUUCCAACAAGUGUUUGUCAUUUCUCAGUGUUGUCUCCAUAAAACCUUCAGAUGUAAUAUCCUGCAGAUAGAAGAUAAUAUUUAUUGGUGGUUGAUGACAGACAAAUAAGAGCUAUUAUAUUGCAACUGAAAUUGUAAGCUUUGGCCCCUGCAAAAAAAAAAAAGUUCACUCAUAUUUUUUUGCAUUAUUCCAUUUUUCUUAAAAGUGGGGCUUUUUAAAGAAAAGGUAUUGAGGCCUCUCAAUGAGUCCUGUCUGCUGUGUGAAAGCUGUGGUCCGUUUUGAUCUGCGGUUUUCAGUCUUGUCUUUGUUUACACGAAAAACCACACACUUUAUGUUACGACAAAAGGCCAAUCUGUUGUAACUGCCCUUGAAUAUCUUGUCAUUUGCAUAGUGCUGCUAGAGAGUGUAACAAAAUACAAUAAAUACUUAUUAGAUCUUU